UUCACCGACAUCGCCGCCCAAGGAUCGGGAGCCAUGUCCACCGUCGCCGUCCCGAGCCCGCCGCCGACGGCCUCCGAGGAUGCCGAGAGCCUGAGGAAGGCGCUCCAAGGCAAUGCACAGCUUCUCGCAGCCAGGCCAUGGAUUUUAUUUCCGUUGCUUUUUUUUUUUCUUGUCAGUUCUUUUUUCCGUUUUUGCAUUGCAAUUGCAACUGACGCGGCGUCGGCAACCUCUCCUUGCGUGUCCGUCGAUGCAGGAUGGCGGGCGGACAAGGCUGCUUUGGUCGGGAUCCUGUGCCGGCGGACGGCGGCGCAGCGGGCGGCGAUACGGCGCGCCUACGCGUUCCUCUACCGGGAGCCCCUGCUCAACUGCUUCCGCUACAAGCUCUCCCGACACUACUGCCUCCUCUCCGUCGAUUUCUGGAAAGCGCUGAUCUUGUGGACGAUGGAUCCGGCUGAAAGAGACGCAAACCUGGUUCACGAAGCAGUGAAGAAGAAGGAUGAAAACUACAUACUGGUGCUGAUCGAAGUGUCGUGCGCAUCCACCCCAGACCAUCUCUUGGCCGUCAGGAAGAUCUACCUCAAACUGUUCAGUUGCUCCAUCGAGGAAGAUGUCGCAUCUUCUCCUGCGCUCCGAGAACCUCUGAAGAAGAUGCUGGUGAGCCUUGUGAGCUCCUACCGCUACGCCGGAGAGCAUGUCGACAUGGAUGUGGCCAAGCUGGAGGCGGCUCAGCUGUCAGAAGCCAUCAGAGAGAAGCAACUGCACGGAAAUGAAGUCGUCCGGAUCAUCAGCACCCGUAGCAAGUCUCAGCUCAGAGCGACGUUCCAGCAGUACAAGGAGGAUCAAGGAAGAGACAUCGCUGAGGAUAUCAACAGCCGAUGCAGCAGCCAGUUCGGCAGGAUGCUGAAGAGCGCCGUCUGGUGCUUGACCUCGCCUGAAAAGCACUUUGCACAGGUGAUCAGGUAUUCCAUCUUGGGGGUGGGGACGUACGAGGACUUGCUCACCAGGGUGAUCGUGUCGCGGGCGGAGAUCGACAUGAAGCGGAUCAAGGAGGAGUACAUGGCGAGGUACAAGAGCGCCGUAACCCUCGACGUCGCCGGCGACACUUCCUUCGGCUACAGGGACAUGUUGCUGGCCUUGGUAGGCAGUGAAGACUGAAGAGUGACCCCCCGCGCCUGCAUCCUGUCCACUUUCAGUGCAAAAAAGAAAUGUUGUUCGGGUGUGAUACCGUUCCUGGACUGUAAGUUCGUACUAUCACGCUCACAUUGGUUAAAAGAAAAGUAUAUGUAUCGCGUGUUGACAUAUGUCAUAUGUGAUAUGUGUGAGGUUUCAGUGACUUCAAUCCCCCGUUGACUGCUGGGUCAUGAAAAUAGAUGGGCCACCUGUCAAAUGUA